GUGGUUUUAUGCAAUCUGAUAAAAAAAAAAUUCAGGAGUGAACAACGAAAGGUUUGCUCGAACGAAAUUCUCACAAUGAAAACAGUAUGCAAACCAAACAUAGAAGUGGGAGGGGUUUAAAGGCCUCUUUCGUCAAAUGAGAGGUGUGCGUCUGACAGGCUGCUUACAGAGUCGGAGUCCAGCCGGUGCAUUUUCUCAUAUCCACACGGCCAACAGCCCAGCUACUGCCAUGUCGUCCCUCUCCGUCCCGCCACCAAAAUGUCUCCAGAAAACCUUUGUGGCUCCGCAGCGACACAUGUUUGGACCCGGACCGUCCAAUGUUCCUGCUCGGAUCUUAGCGGCGGGGGCCGAGCCCAUCAUCGGUCACAUGCAUCCAGAAAUGCUCGAGGUAUGUCUACAAAGUUUGGUUAUGAGCAAACAAUCUCAACUAAGAUAACCGUGCACAAAAUGUACUUUUAUGCAGGAUUUAUGUGUAUGCCUAAUGGUUGAAUUCGACGCAUAAUUAUUUGAUAUUUUAGAUAAGGCUUGUGAUAUUAUACCCUAACCAUUUUGUCUGUUUUGGUUUAGCUGCUUGUGUCUUUCUUAUGCAUUAACAAGUAGUUUAGAUAGGGAUCUCCCAAGCAAAUGUGUUUUAUGAACAUUUCAAGAUUACAUUUUACAUUUUACAUUUUAGUCAUUUAGCAGACGCUCUUAUCCAGAGCGACUUACAUGAGCAAUUAGGGUUAAGUGCCUUGCUCAAGGGCACAUCGACAGAUUUUUCACCUAGUCGGCUCGGGGAUUAGAACCAGCGACCUUUCGGUUACUGGCACAACGCUCUUAACCACUAAGCUACCUGCCGCCCAGAUUAGCCAAGUAUCUGUGAACCAGCCUUUUUGGGGGUCCUAAGCGAGAUUUGGUUGGGGGCCCCCCACCUUGCGGGCAAAACGUUUUUGGCAGUAAAUACGUUUUUUUGGCACUAGCUAGGUUUCCAUCCAAUUGGGGACAGAUUUUCAUGCGAAGAUUCUUAAAAUGUGCAUAAAAAACAAUAUGCACAUUUUCCCACCUGAGAUGUUUCCAUCAAAUUGACUUGUUGCAGAUAAAAGGCUGUGGGUGAUGACGUACUGUACAUAAAAAUACAUUUUGCGGUUAAAUUCCCAUGUACCGAAAUAAAAAAUAAAAACUGAAAUGGGUUUCCAUCGCAUUUUCAACUCUACUGAUGGUUUUGCCACCAUUUUUAUUUGUUAAAUAGCAAUUGUGCCUACUCUGGUCUUGGCAUGCACGCUCUAGCAAACAGCGUGCCGAUACAAUGUGGGUAGGUUACCACUCUCUCCCGAGUGGCGCAGUGGUCUAAGGCACUGCAUCGCAGUGCUAGCUGUGCCACUAGAGAUCCUGGUUCGAAUCCAGGCUCUGUCGUAGCCGGCCGCGACCGGGAGACCCAUGGGGCGGCGCACAAUUGGCCCAGCGUCGUCCAGGGUAGGGGAGGGAAUGGCCGGCAGGGGAUGUAGCUCAGUUGGUAGAGCAUGGCGUUUGCAACGCCAGGGUUGUGGGUUCGAUAAAAUAAUGUAUGCGCUAACUGUAAGUCGCUCUGGAUAAGAGCGUCUGCUAAAUGACUAAAAUGUAAAUGUAAUUAUUAUGGAUGAGAGACAGAUUAUUUGUAUUUGUCAAACGGCAGCCAAGGAUCGAUCAUCAUGUCACCAAAGUAACUCUCGAUAUUUAUUGGAAAGGCGCAUCAAGCUCAUCACUGUGCACUUUCAUCAUAAGUUAUCACAUCUAGCCUAAUAAACUACAUUUGGAAAGUUUACCGACAAAUUUGCUGAUUCCAUAAGGCCUGUCAUUGGAUGGAAACCUGGUUAGUGUAAAGUACAUCUCCUGCAAUUCUUCACAUUUUGCCAUUACUUAUUAUUAUUAUUUAUUUUUUGUCAUUUAGCAGACACUCUUAUCCAGAGCGACUUACAGGAGCAAUUAGUGUUAAGUGCCUUGCUUAAGGGUACAUCAACAGAUUUUUCACCUAGUCGGCUCGGGGAUUAGAACCAGCGACCUUUCGGUUACUGGCACAACGCUCUUACCCACUAAGCUAACUGCCGCCCAUGUUAUGCCAUGUUCAUAUGAUAUCUGUUUGAGAAUGACUACCAAAAUCAAUGGGGGCCCCCUGGAGGUCAGGGCCCUUGAACACAUGCCCUGCGUGCCCAGUCAGCAUGGUGAUGAUUAGGCCUACAAGGUCUAGAUAGAUACCUUACCUAGCAAUCAAAAAACAUACUAGCUGACAUGGGUUCAUUGAGUGACUGACGUAACAAGUUGAAUACUUCUGAUGCACUUCCAAAUUUCGAAAUUGCAACUUGUGUUUUUUACUUUUCUAACUUUCAACAGUAAGUUGAGACCCUGACUGAGUUCAAAAAAAUAUAAAUAGCACAUUUGGGUCGUGGGGCCCCCUAGUGGCUGCGGGGCCCUAAGUGCAGCGUGCCGUCUGCGUAUAGGAAGAGGCGGCUCUGCUUUGUAAAGCCAUGUGUGUGUGUGUAGUUCUGUUGGUACUACCCAUCUACCUAUUACAGUGUUGAGACAAACGUGCCUAAUCAUUGUAUGAGAUGUAGGAUAGGAUAGGAUGAACUUUAACGUCUCGAGGGGGAAAUUGUCUUAUACACACAGUACUGCUGUGUACAAAAUAGACUGUACAUUACACGCUAGAUAUAAUGCAUACAGUACACAUCCUAAUACUCAGUGCCUUGCCCGACAGACUCUUGGUCCCAUUAAUCAUCUCUUUACUGUACUGCGUUUGUUUCCAGAUAAUGAGCGACAUCAAGAGCGGGAUCCAGUACGCCUUCCAGACCCAGAACAACAUGACGAUAGCCGUGAGUGGCACGGGACACACGGCCAUGGAGUGUGCCAUCUUCAACGCCGUCGAGCCAGGGGAAGGGGUUCUCACUGCAGUCAAUGGGAUCUGGGGAGAACGGGCAGCGGAGAUGGCAGAGAGGAUGGGUACUUGAUUGUUAUGGGACGCGUUCCAAAUACUACCCUAUUCCCUUUAUAGAGACCCAUAGGGCCCUGGUCAAAAGUAGUGCACUAUAUAGUGAAUAGGGUGUCAUUGGGCAACCAUUGCUUCUGUCCCUCUCCUUACCCUAACCUGGGCUCGAACCAGGGACCCUCUGAACAUUUCAACAACUGCCUUCCCACGAAACAUUGUUACCCAUCGCUCCGCAAAAGCCACAGCCUUAGCAGAGCAAGGGAAACAACUACUUCAAGGUCUCAGAGCGAGUGACGUCACCCACUGAAACGCUACUAGCGUGCACAGCUAACUAGCUAGCAAUUUCACACCAUUCACUGUACAUGCCUAUGCCUGUGACACAAAUAUGAACCAGCGGGCAAACCUGGUUGUAAAGACCUCGUUUCAAAUACAGUAGCUUUGCCCACCGGGGAAGUUCCCUUUGAAUUGACAAUUUUGUGAUUUACAUAAUACAUUUAUCAUCAACCCAACAGGUGCCAGAGUUAAUUCCAUUGUGACAUCUGCGGGGGGGUAUUUCACCAGUGAAGAGAUUGAUCAGGUAAUGACACACAUCUCAUUUGAUCUGCUCAUACCCUAACCUUCAUCUAUAGGUAUAGAUACUCAUAGUUAUACUCCUGAGUGGCGCAGUGGUCUAAGGCACUGUGCCACUAGAGAUCCUGGUUCGAAUCCAGGCUCUGUUGCGACCGGGAGACUCAUGGGCGGCGCACAAUUGGCCCAGCGUCGUCCAGGGUAGGGGAGGGAAUGGCCGGCAGGGAUGUAGCUCAGUUGAUAGAGCAUGGUGUUUGCAACGCCAGGGUUGUGGGUUCGAUUCCCAAGGGGGGCCAGUAUAUAAAAAAUAUGUAUUCACUAACUGUAAGUCGCUCUGUAUAAGAGCGUCUGCUAAAUGACGUAAAUGUAAAUACCCUAACCUCCAUCUAUAGGUACAGAUACUCAUACCCUAACCUUCAUCUAUAGGUACUCAUACCCUAACCUUCAUCUAUAGGUAUAGAUACUCAUACCCUAACCUUCAUCUAUAGGUAUAGACGUUCAUACUCUAACCUUCAUCUAUAGGUACAGAUACUCAUACCCUAAACUUCAUCUAUAGGUAUAGAUACUCAUACCCUAACCUUCAUCUAUAGGUAUAGAUACUCAUACCCUAACCUUCAUCUAUAGGUAUAGACGUUCAUACUCUAACCUUCAUCUAUAGGUACAGAUACUCAUACCCUAAACUUCAUCUAUAGGUAUAGAUACUCAUACCCUAACCUUCAUCUAUAGGUACUCAUACCCUAACCUUCAUCUAUAGGUACAGAUACUCAUACCCUAACCUUCAUCUAUAGGUACAGAUACUCAUACCCUAACCUUCAUCUAUAGGUAUAGAUACUCAUACCCUAACCUUCAUCUAUAGGUAUAGAUAUACCAAAUUGCUGCUAUCUGAUAGACCAUGUGUGCGUCCCAAAUGACACCAUAUUCCCUAUGUAGUGGACUACUUUUGACCAGGGCCCAUCUCUUUCUGUGCAUCAAGACUGCUAUUUCUGAUCUGUCAUGUCACUGUUUCACCCCAGGCCCUGGCCAAACACAAGCCUGUACUGUUCUUCCUAACCCAUGGAGAAUCCUCCACAGGAGUAGUUCAUCCACUAGAUGGAAUUGGAGACAUUUGUCACAAGUAAGCGCCCCUAUCCAACUCUUCAGCUAUUCAGUGUUAUAAAAAAACCAACAGACAAUAUACAGUACCAGUGAAUCAUUUGCAUAAAGUAAUGCCACUCUUUUCUUUCUGCAAGGCACAACUGUCUGUUUCUUGUUGACUGUGUGGCUUCAAUGGGAGGUGCACCACUUUACAUGGACAAACAAGGUAUGGUGUUGUAGUGACCCUGUAGCAUAUAGUACAGGGACCAUGCAGGUAUAACUGAGUUUCUGUUGAGAGGGAUGAGCAAAGAGCACAUCACUGUUACAGAGACACCAGUUGCUCAAGGAUACAAAGACAGGUUUAUCAAGACCACCUAGUCAAAGACCCUGGGGGGAAAGUUAGUUAAAGACCCUGGAGGGAAAGUUAGUUAAAGACCCUGGGGGGAAAGUUAGUCAAAGACCCUGGGGGGAAAGUUAGUUAAAGACCCUGGGGGGAAACAUAGUUAAAGACCCUGGGGGGAAAGUUAGUCAAAGACCCUGGGGGGAAAGUUAGUUAAAGACCCUGGGGGGAAAGUUAGUUAAAGACCCUGGGGGGAAAGUUAGUUAAAGACCCUGGGGGGAAAGUUAGUUAAAGACCCUGGGGGGAAAGUUAGUUAAAGACCCUGGGGGGAAAGUUAGUUAAAGACCCUGGGGGGAAAGUUAGUUAAAGACCCUGGGGGGAAAACUAGUUAAAGACCCUGGGAGAAAACUAGUUAAAGACAUUUACAUUUUAGUCAUUUAGCAGACGCUCUUAUCCAGAGCGACUUACAGUUAGUGAGUGCAUACAUUAUUUUAUUUUUUCAUACCCCCUGUGGGAAUCGAACCCACAACCCUGGCGUUGCAAACGCCAUGCUCUACCAACUGAGCUACAUCCCUGUAAGACCCUGGGGGGAAGCUUGCCUCUGUAUUCUUAUGUUGAUGCUUAUUAUGAAGCUAUUUUGGACUAUUGAGAUGCACCAAAACCCUGCAUAUAACUUUGCUACAUACCUAUUAUUUAGCCAUGUGAAAAUAGCAUUACAACUAGUUUAAUGAAUUGUACUGCCAAUAAGAGCUUACAGAUUUCAGGUUGAAACUUACCUAGUCAAGUUAAUGUUGGUUCCUUGUGUUUUCCUCAGGUAUCGACAUCCUGUACACUGGCUCACAGAAGGUCCUGAACGCCCCUCCAGGGACCGCCCCCAUCUCCUUCAGUGAAAGAGCUUGGUGAGGAAGGUGUUCUAAUCUGUAACGUUUAGAAAUGUAAAAAACAUGACAUGUUGGUCGCACUUUUUAAUGCUACAAAAAAAUGACCUGAUAUUUACUAAGCAACUGCAUGUUAAAAUGGUAAUUAAACAGUCAUGACUUAUAAAUGACUUGUUUUCUAAGAACACUUGUCCUUUUUCUACUUCUAUCCAGUCAGAAAGUAUUCAAUCGGAAAACAAAGCCGGUGUCGUUCUUCCUGGACAUGACCUGGCUGGCAAACUACUGGGGGUGUGAUGGCAAACCUGAUAGAAUGUGAGACACCCAUAAUGCAUUACAUCAGAACCGUGUAACGCCAACACAUAAUCUAACACCACGUUCUAUAACAUGAUCUACCUUAACAAAAACACAGUUUAACAGUUUGAUCUACCUUAACGAAAACACAGUUUAACAGUUUGAUCUACCUUAACAAAACACAGUUUAACAGUUUGAUCUACAUGAACAAAAACACAGUUUAAGAGUUUGAUCUACCUUAACAAAAACACAGUUUAACAGUUUGAUCUACCUUAACAAAAACACAGUUUAACAGUUUGAUCUACCUUAACAAAAACACAGUUUAACAGUUUGAGACGAUGAAUCUGUGAAUGUGUCACGCCCUAGCUCUGGGGACUCUUAAAUGUUGAGCCAGGGUGUUUAGUUUCUAUGUUUAGUUUUCGAUGUUUGAGUUUCUAGAUCAUGUAGAUCUAUGUUGACCAGGGUGGUUCCCAAUCAGAGGCAGCUGUAGUUCAUUGUCUCUGAUUGGGGACCAUACUUAGGCAGCCGUUUGGCACCAGUCUGUGUGGGAUCUUGUUCCGAAAGGUUUGUUUAGUAUAACCUAGGACUUCACGUAUCGUUUGUUUGUUGUUUUGGUUUCGUGUUGUGUACGAAAUAAAAUGUACGCUUAUCACGCUGCGCCUUGGUCCGUGUCUUCAGUCGACGAUCGUGACAGAAGAUCCCACCUUAAGAGGACCAAGCAGCGUGUCCAGGAACAGACAGCCUGGACUUGGGAGGAGAUCCUGGACGGGAAGGGAUCCUGGACUUGGGAAGAGAUUCAGGCCGGAAUGGAUCGCCGUCCUUGGGAGGAGACUGUGGAGGCGCGCUACAGAGAGGAGCAGCGGCAACGCAGAGGGUACCGGCCAAGGAGGAAGCCCGAGAGACAGCCCCAAGAAGGUGGGGGCUAAAAGGUUGGUUGGCGGAGCCUAGAGUUAGAGCAGAGCCAACUCCCCAUACUCAGGCUAGGAAGCGUGAGACUGGGCAGGCUCCGUGUUAUGCGGAGCCACGUACUGUGCCGCGAGUGUUCCGGCACAGUCCUGUACGUCCUGUGCUAGCACCACGCACGUGUCGUGCUAAGGUGGGCAUGCAGCCAGGACGGGGUGUGCCGGCUCAACGCUCGUGGCCUCCAGUACCCCUCCUCGGUCCCGUAUAUCCUGCGCCAGUGCCACGUGCUGUAGCGCCAGUACGAGUGCACAGCCCUGUACGUCCUGUGCUGAUGCCUCACACAUAUUGUGUGGAAAUAGGCAUUCAGCCAGGACGGGUUGUGUCAGCUCUCCGCUCCAGACCUCCAGUCCGCCUCCACAGUCCGCCCCGGCCCAUUCCGGCUCCCCGCACCAAGCCAGUGGUGCGUGUUCCCAGUCUAGCCCGGCCUGCUCCUGUCCCUCGCACCAAGCCAGUGGUGCGCGGCGCCAGCCCAGUCCGGCCUGUUCCUGUCCCUCGCACCAAGCCUGUGGUGCGCGUCGCCAGCCCGGUCCGGCCUGUUCCUGCUCGCCGCAUCAAGCAUAGUGGUGCGCGUCGCCAGCCCGGUCCGGCCUGUUCCUGCUCCCCGCACCAAGCCAGUGGUGCGCGUCGCCAGCCCGAUCCGGCCUGUUCCUGCUCCCCGCACCAAGCCUGUGGUGCGCGUCGCCAGCCCGGUCCGGCCUGUUCCUGCUCCCCGCACCAAGCAUGUGGUGCGCGUCGCCAGCCCGGUCCGGCCUGUCCCUGCUCCCCGCACCAAGCCAGUGGUGCGCGUCGCCAGCCCGGUCCGGCCUGUUUCUGCCCCUCGCACCAAGCCAGUGGUGCGCGUCGUCAGCCCGUUCCUGCUCCCCGCACCAAGCCAGUGGUGCGCGUCGCCAGCCCGGUCCGGCCUGUUCCUGCUCCCCGCACCAAGCCAGUGGUGCGCGUCGUCAGCCCGGUCCGGCCUUUCCUGCUCCCCGCACCAAGCCAGUGGUGCGCGUCGUCAGUCCGGCACGGCCUGUGCCUGUUCCACCGGUCAGCCGCUCCACUCCGGAGCAAGAGCAAUCCGUUCCACCGGUGUCCAGUCCAGCUCCGGCCAGCAGGACCAGACCAAGGGCACAACGGGGGGGUGGAGAGAGAGUGGUGGUCACGCCCGGAGCCGGAUCCGCCUCCGAGGCGGAAUGCCCACCCGGCCCCUACCCUCUUGUGUUUGUGUGGCGCGGUCGCAGUCCGCGCCUUUGGGGGGGGGGGGUACUGUCACGCCCUUGCUCUGGGGACUCUUAAAUGUUGAGCCAGGGUGUUUAGUUUCUAUGUUUAGUUUUCGAUGUUUGAGUUUCUAGAUCAUGUAGAUCUAUGUUGGCCAGGGUGGUUCCCAAUCAGAGGCAGCUGUAGUUCGUUGUCUCUGAUUGGGGACCAUACUAAGACAGCCGUUUGGCACCAGUCUGUGUGGGAUCUUGUGGGAUCCGAAAGGUUUGUUUAGUAUAACCUAGGACUUCACGUAUCGUUUGUUUGUUGUUUUGGUUUCGUGUUGUGUACGAAAUAAAAUGUACGCUUAUCACGCUGCGCCUUGGUCCGUGUCUUCAGUCGACGAUCGUGACAGAAUGUCAAGGGAUCGCUGCUUAGAGUGUAAGUAAAGCAGUAUUUAUCUUUAGUGACAGUACUUAGUCUGACCUGUUGUUCCUGUGUGCAGAUACCACCACACUGUGCCUGUGUCUGCCUUCUAUUCUCUCCGGGAGAGUCUGGCUAUCCUCGCUGAACAGGUGACUAUAGUCUGCUUCCUAAAUCAUGAUGCCAUUCACCCUCUCUAUAAGAUAGUGUUACAUCUUAUAGAUUAAUACAAUAAUUAACGGGGAUAAAUAUAUAUCAUAGCCCUCUGAUACGUGUUAAAUCAUCCACUGAUCUUACACCUCUCUCUCUCUCUGAGAUUUAAGAUAAUUGAAAACAGGAAUAUGUCAUAGCAGCAUAGCACACGGUAGUUGUGUUGGUGACGAUGAAACGACUCACUGUGGCUCUACUCUGUCCCAGGGUCUGGAGAACUCCUGGCAAAGACACAAGGAGGUAGCAGAAUACUUCCACGAAGGACUAGAGAACAUGGGCCUCAAACUGUUUGUGAAAGACAAGGUCAGUAUCAAAAGGCCUCAGAACGAUUUACUGUCAACUAUUUACUGUAGGCCUAGUCUAUAUAAAGUACAAAUGCAAAAAACACAUUAAAUCAUUUCGAUCUUUAACUAACACAUACAUUAUAAACUUUUUUUUUCUGUGCCGUAAUAUAUUGAAGACAACAACAUGUUUUAAUGUAAAACACAACACUCAGACACCUUAAAACCCUCCUCUUUCCAUUGAUGGUUCCAUUUGCCAGAACGCCAGGUUACCUACAGUCACCACUAUAGUAGCACCCCCUGGGUAUGACUGGAAGGAGAUCACCAGCUACACCAUGAAGAACCACAACCUAGAGAUCUCUGGAGGACUGGGACCAUCCGUUGGCCAGGUGAGUUACUUCAAGGGUACUCCUGGGCAGAGCAAAAUGUACUUGGUGGUACAGUAGCCAAAAAAAAAGGUUGAGAACCACUGAGUUGGUGGGCUGAGGCUGUCUAAGCCAGGACACAGAGUGGACUACUGCUGCUUCUUAGUUUUAGAUGAGUUAACAGUCAUAGCAGGCAGCCCCACUUAUGCAGGGGAACGUUUGGGUUAAGUAGCUACGAUCGCGGUCAUUAGCCCUCUUCGCUAAUGAUAACAGCCAUAGUCUAAUGCUGCAAUAACAGGAAGGCAACACUCACGUUGGUAGUGUGGGCUCAACCAUGCCUUCUCCUAUGUGCAAACCCGGCUCACUGACCUGUCUGUCUCUCUCCUCAGGUGCUGCGUGUGGGACUCAUGGGAUGUAACAGCAGCAAGACAAGUGUUGACAUGGUGCUGGAGGCCCUGAGAGAUGCUCUCAGAUACUGCCAUAAGACCAAAUUAUAACAUGGAGUCUGAAAGUCAGUUUAAGUCAGCUUUGAUAUCAGGGAAGAAAAAUGUAAUGGAUAUGUUGAAUCUGAAGAAGAAAAAAUUAAACUGAAAAAAAACAAAAACAUUAUGGGUUUGUUUGUUACCUCUGACUCAAGUGUUGUGUAAACUUCUAAUAAAA